AUGUCGUCGAGCGACGACGUCGAGGAGUGCUUCUACGGCUACGACGACGACGACGAGGAGGGAGCUGGCGAGGACGAGGAGGACUGGGGCGGCGAGGGCCUGCUGGUCGAGGAGGAGGCGGCGUCGCCGGAGCGCCCCGUGGAUUGCUGGGCCAUCACAAAAGAGUCUCUUCCAGCUGCCCAGCAACAAGACCUGUCCAUGGUGAUGAACCUGCUGUACAUCAAGCAGCACCAGGCUCGGUCUCUCCUCAUCCACCACCGCUGGAAGGUGGACUCCGUCUUGGACCACCUGGGCAACAAGGGCCGAGACAGCUUGCUCGGGGAGGCCGGCGUCGUGCUCCAGCAAGAGGCGAACAGCGGCACGGCGCCGGCGGCCAUGGCGUCGCCGCAGCACCCGAGAGGCAGCAGCAGCGUCACCACCUGCUAUGUGUGCUUUGAGGAGGCUUCGCCGGACGCUGUCUCGACCAUGGAUUGUGGACACUGCUUCUGCAAUGACUGUUGGACAGAGCAUUUCUUCGCCUCUGUCAACGGCGGGCAGAAGCAGAUCCGGUGCAUGGAGGUGGGGUGCGCGGCCAUCUGCGACGAGGCGGUGGUGCAGCGCCUCCUCGGCGGCAAGUACCCCGACGCGGCGAGGCGGCUGGACCACUUCCUCCUCGAGUCGUACGUGGAGGACAACGGCGCGGUGCGUUGGUGCCCCAGCGCGCCGCACUGCGGGCGCGCCAUCCGCGUGGACGGCGGCGACCGGUGCUGCGACAUGUCCUGCCCCUGCGGCGUCAGCUUCUGCUUCAGCUGCGGCGCGGCGCCGCCGCACUCGCCGUGCCCGUGCGCCAUGUGGGCCAAGUGGGACGCCAAGUGCCACGGCGAGUUCAUGAACCUCGACUGGAUCCGCGCCAACACCAAGAACUGCCCCCGCUGCUUCAACCCCAUCGAGAAGAACGGCGGCUGCAACCUCGUCACCUGCCGAUGCGGCCAGCAUCUCUGUUGGCUGUGCGGCGGCGCCACCGGGUCGGCGCACUCGGUGCACAGCAUCGAGGGGCACAGCUGCAACCGGUUCGUCGAGGAGGAGCAGAAGGAGGUGGACGACGCCAGGAGGAAGGUGCUCCGGUACACGCACUACUACGACCGGUUCAAGGUCCACGGCGACUCCCGCAGGUCGGAGCUGGAGGAGCUGGGGCCGGCCGUCGAGGAGCGGGUGCGGCGGCUGGAGUCGAGCGCCGAGCUGAAGCCGGCGAUGGACACCGCCCGGGCGCUGGGCGACGCGCACCGCGCCCUGCUGGGCUCCCGGCACGUGCUGUCGCGGUCGUACGCCUUCGCUUACCACAUGUUCGGCGGCGAGGAGCGGACGUGGCCGGAGCAGAAGGCGGCGGCGGCGCAGGCGCAGGCGCUGUUCGAGGACCACCAGGAGAUGGCGGAGAGGCACGUGGAGAAGCUGUCGCAGCUGCUGGCGACGGACUCGCCGGUGACGGAGGGCGCCCUGCGGCGGGCGAAGCAGGAGGCCAUCACCCUCACCGCCGUCGUCGAGAAACACUGCGGCGAGAUGCACAAGUGCAUUCAGGACGAGCUGCUGCCCAUGCUCAUCGACACGACGUCCAUCGCGGCCUACCGCCCCACCGGCCCUAUCGAGGCCAACGACUUCCCGCCUUGUGUCUGACAACCUUUUCUUUUAUAGAAUCUCUGUGAAUUCAAAUGUGUCCAAAUAAGUUCUAAAUGUUGUUAUUUUAGCUGGGAAAUAGUAUGGUAUAUAAGACUUGGCGAUAAUUAACUUUUCUUCUCGGAAGUACUUCAAGAUUCAUGAAACACUCCAUAAAA